ACUUCCAAAAUAGUUAUCCUCACAGUACUCGUGAAGUUGAAGAUAUGAUAAACCCAAAGCAUUUCACUUCGCUUGGAUACCUUAUGUACCUUUGUAUAACAUUCAACCUCGUAACUGCAGGGGGGAAAGAAGUUAAAUAUAAUAGAAAAUUCCCAGAUGACUUCCAAUUUGGCGCAGCUACUGCAGCAUACCAAAUUGAAGGUGCUUGGAAUAUAGAUGGAAAAGGGGAAAGCAUUUGGGAUACUUUCGCUCACAGAGUACCCUCCCCAGUUGCAAAUGGAGAUAAUGGAGAUGUUGCAUGUGAUAGCUAUCACAAAUACAAAGAGGAUGUCAGACUUGCUGCCGAACUUGGUUUAAAAUUGUAUAGGUUUUCAAUAUCUUGGCCAAGGGUAUUACCCACUGGAAAAACAGACAAUAUUAGUGAAGCUGGUCUCAAUUAUUAUAAAAAUCUAGUUAAAGAAAUUCGUAAAUACAACAUGCUUCCAUUGGCUACUAUCUACCACUGGGACCUUCCUCAGAAAUUAUACGAUCAAGGUAUUCAUUGGACUAAUGUUAGUUUGGUACCAUAUAUUGUAGACUAUGCAAGGUUUGUUAUAAAAAAUUUACCUGACGUUGAAUAUUGGGUUACCAUCAAUGAGCCAAAACAAGUUUGCCGUCUGGGAUACGGCGCUACUAUAUUGGCACCUGCUUUAAACAGCGAUGGGCUCUUAGAAUACCAAUGUGCAUAUGUGCUUCUUAAAUCCCAUGCUGCUAUGUAUCGUAUGUAUAAAAAGGAGUUUCCUAAUUAUAAAGCUCCAAUGUCCAUAGUCGUAGAUUGUCAAUGGAUAGAGCCUCUAACAAAUUCACCUAAGGAUAAAGAAGGUGCUGAACGACAAAGGCAAUUUGAUUAUGGCUUGUACUUAAAUCCCAUCUUCAACGGUGACUGGCCACAAGUAGUGAAAGACAGAAUAGCUUUUAGAAGUGCGAAGGCUAACUUCACGAAAUCCAGACUUCCAGCUUUCACUAAAGAAGAAAUAAACGAUAUAAAAGGAACAUAUGAUUAUCUGGGAGUAAAUCAUUAUUUUACUAUGUUAGCUAGGGAGGAAAAAGAAGAAGCACCAUUUAAUGAAACCAGUUAUAAACAUGACGCUGGAACUAUUGACACAUUCGAUCCGAAAUGGGUUGUAGAAUCAAACGGAUGGUUUGUGAUCGUUCCUACCGGUGCCCUAAAAGUUUUAAGGUGGCUUAAAAAGACAUAUGGAGAUAUAAAUAUCAUAAUAACUGAAGUAGGAAUGAGCGACAAUGGUACUGAUCUCAACGACCAAAGUAGAAUCGAUUUUUACACAGAAUAUUUUUGCAACAUCCUUGACGCUAUGGACGAAGGAGUUAACGUUACAGCAAUUGUAUACUGGAGUUUAAUCGAUAACUUUGAAUGGUUUAGUGGAUACAGUGCUCACUUUGGGUUAUACUACGUUGAUUUUAAAGAUCCAAACAGAACCAGACAAGCUAAAGCAUCUGCGGGAUUUGCGAAAAAUUUAUCUAAAGACAAAAUGCUCCAUUGUGGUCAUCCAAGUAAAUAUAGAUCAACCCCAGUGGCACUUCCAACAUGGACAUCCAAUCAUAACGUUUCGAAAUCAUAAAGAUGUUGGAAAUAAACCCAAAUAAAUCCAAAAAAGAGACCAAAUGCUUUACGUUUUUAAGGAAAAAGAUCCUAUCAGUAUUCUUUUGUAUUAUAGAUUGUUUUGUUAGGUAUUUGUUGUAUUAGUUAUUAGUAAAAUGAAUAAAAGAUUGAAAGAUA